AUGCAUCACCUCCACCUCCUCCUCUUCACCACCUUCCAAGUCGUCCUCGCACGCACAGACCUCACAGGCUGCACAUCCACCUCCGUCUCCUCUCCCGCAGGCGCCUCCAUCGCCUGGUACGUUCCGGAAACAGGCGAAGUCUGCGAUUUUCUCGACUGUGGAGGAGGUCGUGCUCCACCGAAAACUACGGUUCCGGGAUGUCCAUUGUAUUCUGGGACUGCGAGUUAUAGUCCGUUGUAUUUGGCUGCUGGGGUUGGGGAGAUGGGGGUGGCUUUUUCUUCUUUUUCUGCUUCUUUUGCUACUGCUUCUGCUACUGCUUCUGCUGCGACGGUAGAGGUGGAGGGAGAGGCGGCAGUGGAGAUGACGACUUCUACGACAACGACAUCAUCUUACUCUUCUGGAGUUACGAUAUAUUCUUCUCCUUCUCCUUCUCCUCCUCCUCCGACAACAACAACAACAACGGACCAUAUUACUAGUACCUCUGCUCCAACAACCUCCAUUCCAUCUUCCCCUCUUCCUCCUCCCAUUGUACUCGGCAGUACCAACACUACUACCACCACCAACACCAACACCACAACCACCACUUCUAUAGCAGAACACGGUAGCCGUAACGGAACAACAACGACAUCAACAACACCUUCUAUCACAAACAGUGGAAUCUUACCUUCAUCUCAACAACAACAACAGACUAGUGGAGCGACUAGAAAAGUAGUAGAAAUUGGAAGGAGGGGUUAUUGGAUAGGAGGGUUGAUGGGGAUUUCAUGCGUGGUUGGGGGUUGGGGGUUGUUGGAGUAG